AUGGACACGCCGGAAGUAACCGCCCCGUCUGCGAACGCGACGAAUAAGAAGCGUAGACGACCGAUUAAUGCCUGUACUACUUGUCGCGCGAGAAAGGUCAAGUGCGAUGAGCGACCAAACGGCUGUCUGAACUGCGAGAGGCUUCAGCUAGACUGUGUCCAAAAUGGCGGUGUAUCGGCAGCAGUAAAAAGAUCAAACCCAGGCUACGAGCCAGUAGUCGGAAUCAAGAGGAAACGGACCUUCCGGUCUUGUAUUCCCUGCAGAGAUUCAAAGGUCAAAUGCUCUGGCGAACGACCGACCUGCACAAGGUGCCAACAACGCCGGACAACUUGUAUCUACGAUGCGGAGCACAACGAGCCAGCUUGGGUGCAGAGUAUCAGCACUCCUGCACUAAGUACACAGGAAAACUUAGUAAUGAUAUCUCCUCAUGGCCCACAGCCUUCUCCGGUUAGCCUUGAAAUGCUUGGUUCAGUUUUGGGAAAUGAUACUGCUGUACCUGGGUGCCCGCCCGGGCUGUUGUGGUUAUUCACAAAGCAACUACCGCCUAAGAACAAACUUCAUGCUUUGCUAGACGCGUAUUUCAAUAAUGUUCACCCUAUCCGAGUCUUCGCGUUCGAGCAUAAGCCGUCGUUCAUUCGGAUGUUGGACGAGGGCCAGCUGGUAGACUCAUCUGAUCAGGCGCUCCUACACAUAAUGUGUGCAUUGGGUGCUCGGUUCUAUGCCCUAGACUAUCAUGAGUCGUACUCGCCCUUGACCAAAGAUUUGAUACAGUCGGCUGGAACCCAGUGGGCCAAGAUCGCUGAAGAGAUGUUCUUUGCUGACUACAGUACCAUCUCAAUUACCAAACUCAAAGUUUUGGUCCUCCUCCACGAUCAUGAAGCAAGGACGGGUAACUAUGCUGGCUCCUUUCUUCUUACCGGUCUAGUGAUACGUAUGGCGCAUGCUUUGCAAUUGAACAACGAGAUAUCGCCAGAUGUGCUUUGCAAAGAAGUCGGGGGAAGCCCGAACGAGGUAUCUGUCAGGGAGUCUCGGAGACGGCUAAUGUGGGCAUGUUAUAUGAUCGACGUCUGGGCUGGCAGCGGCGUCGACCAUCUCACUAUACUCAAUGAAAAAGACCUCAAGAUCCAGCUUCCUUGCAACGAGCGACAGUUCUCACUACAGAUACCAUGUAUUACAGAACGGCUCGAGAAAGGCACAUUGCUGGAUUUCCUCGCCAAGGAAGAUAUUCCAGAGAAACCAAGCGACAAUUUGGGUAUGGCAGCAUACUAUGUGCGUAUUGUUAGUAUAUGGCGAAGAGUGCUACGCUUUGUAAAGCACAUGGAAGAGGAGCAACCACCUUGGCUCCCAGGCUCAGGCUUCGCAAUAUUGAUCCAAGAUAUACAUCUAUGGAGACAGAGCCUGCCUUCUUGGCUAGACUUUUCGGCAGACAACAUCUACAUCCGACGAGAAACCCACCAGCUAGGUGCUCUCCUUCUUAUUCAUUGCAUGUACCACCACGUCAUGUGCGACGUGCAUCGAAUCGCUCUCCCUGACCUUUUCAAGAACCAGGAACCAUUUGUCUUUCCCCCAGACCAGCAGGCAUUUGUGGGCCAUCUACAGGAUGUCUGCUUCGAACAUGCACAGCGCAUGUCAGUGCUGGCCUCACAUAUCCUUCAGCAUGGGGUUAAGCACUUUGCGGAUUCGAUCUUGCCUUCAUUCGUGUAUAACAGCAACAGGAUCAUGCUUUACUACAUUGCUAGGAUCUUGGAUGUAUCCAAACCCGACACUGGAACUGUGAUUGCACGUACUGUCGAGUUAGUACAGCAUAACAACCGGGCGCUGAGAGACAUGUCACUUAUUUAUCCCCUCGCCGAGUCCUUGUGUAUCACUUCGGAGCAGUGGCUAGAGACUGUGCGUGACAGUCUUGCUCGUGGACAUUCGGCCGACUACAUUGCACCUCAAGAUUCGUCUGAAAACGAAGCACGCCGUAUCGUUGGAGCCCCCGCGCCGACAGAAGGCACGCCACGGCAACGAAAUACUGCUGUCUCCAUGAUACCCCGUGUAGAAGAGAUAUUAUCAGCAAUUUCGCCGUCAACUCUUCGGACCGCCACUACUCGCUACCCAUUUACAGCACUUGCUCCAGGCGAGCAAUCGUCUACAGCAAGCCAUGGCAUGAACUCGCAACCAGAGCACCGGAUUGAUCCAAUAUACUCGUCCCCCAGUGCGCCUAAUUCGCUUGAGCAGCCCAUGUUCAAUCUUGAUGACCUGCAAAAUUUCUUUGGAUGGGAGGCGAGUGACGAUGAGAAUGUUCAGACGACGGGCUUCGAGGCAUUUGGGCCCUUGGGAUGGACGAACAAUUUCUCCAUAAUGUGA